AUGCCUCCUAGUUAUGGAUGUCGCAACCACAACGAUCAAAAAGAUCCUCAGAAGGACAACGAAAAGUUGUGUCUUCCUAGUUGUGGACAACGCAGUCUUCAAAAAGAACACUGCGAAGGACAUUCCCGUAUAGAAAAGUACUUGCCCGAAGAUCAGUCAAAAGAGA